AUUUUUAUACAAGGUUGUUUGUUAACAUUUCCGUUAGGUUUAAUUCUGAAUAAAACACACACACAAUGGAAGUUAGGGCGGAGCGGAAAUAGGCUACUUGUCUGGUUGCCUCCUCUUCCGGUCCUCUUUCCAGCUUCCCGUGCAACAUGACCAAGAAAAGGAGGAACAACGGUCGUGCCAAGAAAGGCCGUGGCCACGUGCAGCCAAUCCGCUGCACCAACUGUGCCCGUUGUGUCCCCAAGGACAAGGCCAUCAAGAAGUUUGUGAUCAGGAACAUUGUGGAGGCCGCAGCCGUGAGAGACAUCUCUGAGGCCAGCGUCUUUGAAUCCUAUGUUCUGCCCAAGCUCUACGUGAAGCUGCACUACUGUGUCAGCUGCGCCAUCCACAGUAAAGUGGUGAGGAACCGCUCCUGCGAGGCCCGGAAAGACCGCACCCCACCUCCAAGAUUCAGGCCUACAGCUGGUGCCCCCAGAGCUCCUCCAAAGCCCAUGUGAAGCAGAUCCUGCUAAUGCUGUUCAUGAAAAAAUAAAGACUACAAAAUUC